GCGCAGAAAGCCUCUGUGGAGUCCUGUAUUCGAAGUUUGGCUGAAGUGGCCAAGAACCGUGGAAUUGCCAUUCCAGUGGAUUUGGACAGCCAAGUCAAUACUCUCUUCAUGAAGAGCCAUUCCAACAUGGUACAACGAGCAGCGAUGGGCUGGAGGUUAUCUGCUCGCUGUGGCCCACGCUUUAAAGAGGCUCUCGGAGGGCCUGCCUGGGAUUAUAGGAAUAUAAUUGAGAAGCUACAGGAUGUAGUGGCCUCCCUGGAGCAGCAGUUCAGCCCAAUGAUGCAGGCGGAGUUCUCCGUGUUGGUCGAUGUGUUGUACAGUCCAGAGCUGCUGUUCCCCGAGGGAAGCGAUGCCAGGAUAAGAUGCGGGGCCUUCAUGUCCAAGUUGAUUAACCACACAAAGAAACUAAUGGAGAAAGAAGAAAAGCUUUGUAUUAAAAUUCUUCAGACAUUACGAGAAAUGUUGGAGAAGAAAGACAGCUUUGUGGAAGAGGUACUUUUUAAAAGUUAUUUCAACAUUUGAAAAUGAAGUCGGAUUUUCAGAGUACUGUGCCCGUUUAAUAUAAGAGUGUGUGUUAUAUGAUUACUUGUAUUAUAUUACAUGUACUUACAUGACUUCGUUAUUUAAGUUUUGGCCCCUUUCCUCUUUCAUAUCUUACUUUGAAUGGAGAAGGAACUAAGAUUAGACUGGCCUCAGUAUCUGGCUUAUUUGAUUUAUUAUAUUUCACAUUAGAUAUGUAUAUUUUUCUCAGCCUCGAUGCACCAAAUCAUCUUAUUUAACGAUGAAGCAUUAUUUAUAUUUUAUAUACAUUUCUGCUGCAUCUUAGGAAUGGUCUGUGCUUUCAAAUAUAUAUUGAUUUAAAAAUAUCAACUGUAUGUUA